AUGGAGGCAGUCAGCGCAGUCAACGCCACGCCGGACGACCCCGGGUUCACUUACUACGACCCGACGACCGGCGCCGAUCCCCCGGAGUUGCCCACGCUGGUGUUUGAGGGAGUCACUUUCCCAGAGGACACCAUCAAACUGUUGAGUGUGCAGGUGGUGUUGAUCUUGGCCUACAGCACCAUCAUCGUGCUGGGGGUUCUGGGUAAUUCUCUGGUCAUCUAUGUCAUCUACCGCUUCAAGUCGCUCCGCACCGUCACCAACUUCUUCAUCGCCAACCUGGCUGUCGCCGACCUGCUGGUGAACACGCUGUGCCUCCCCUUCACCCUCGUCUACACGCUGCAGGGGGAGUGGAAGUUUGGCAGCACCCUCUGCUUCCUGCUGCCAUACGCCCAGGGGCUCGCCGUGCACGUCUCCACGGUGACGCUUAACGUCAUCGCCCUGGACCGCCACAGGUGUAUUGUGUACCACCUGGAGACCAGGAUGCGCAAGGACGUGUGUUUCGGGGUGAUAGCGCUGACCUGGGUGCUGAGCGCCGUGCUUGCCAGUCCUCUGGCCAUCUUCAGAGAGUACGGCUCCUUCAGCUUGGAACCAGGACACACCAUACAGGUGUGCACGGAGAAGUGGCCCGGUAAAAACACGGACGGCACCCUCUACAGCAUCUCCAUGUUGAUCCUGCAGUACUUCCUGCCGCUGUCCAUCAUCUCCUUCGCCUACGCCCGCAUCUGGUCCAAACUGCGCGGCCACGUCAGCCCGGCGGACAGCGUGGGCGUCGGCGUCGGCAAGAGCAGCGCCGGCUCGGAGCGCCACCGCCGGCGCCGCAAGACCACCAAGAUGCUGGUGACCAUGGUGGUGGUGUUCGGCGUCAGCUGGCUGCCCUUUCACGCCUUCCAGCUGGCCACCGACAUCGACAGCUCGGUGCUGGACCUGCGCGACUACCGGCUGCUCUACACCGUCUUCCACGUGGUCGCCAUGUGCUCCACGUUCGCCAACCCGCUGCUGUACGGCUGGAUGAACCGCAACUACCGCGCCGCCUUCCUCGCCGUCUUCAAGUGUCGCAAGGGGGCGGAGCGGGGCGGGAGGGGCGGCCGGCUGGACAGCAUCCACCCCGUCGGCGGGGGAGGGGGAGGAGGAGGGGGAGGAGGCGGGGGAGGAGGAGGGGGAGGGAGGGCGAAGAAGAUAGUGCUCGAGACCCAGGACGUGGUGUCCACGCACCUGAACGCCACGGACGUGUGAGGAGGAGGAGGGAGACGGAGGAAGGAGAUGGAGGAGGAGACGACGAGGAAACGAUGGAGGGAUGACGGAGAGAAUAAAAGAAAAUGGUUGUCAGGAAAUCUUUGGUUUCCCAAAAGACAAUAGACGCAAGAAAAACAAGAUUUUCACUGAGACAGAGCCAGAGGGGAGAGAAAAAUAGAAACGAGAGCGAGAGAGAGCGAGAGUAAGCGAGAGAGAGAGAUCAAGGCGACGGAGGGGGAUUAAAGAGUUUUUGGAAGCCCAAAAUAGAAGAGGAGGCAAAGAACGAGCAGGGAUUAGAAAAAGAAUGACAGCAGGGCUGCUGAAUGACUCAAGGUCUACUCGACCAAUCGAA